AGCAAAAAAAGAAAAGAAAAGGAAAAAUAAAUAAGGACGUCGGCUUUGUUGAGUGCAUCCGGGUCAAAGUGUAACUCCUUCAAGCUAGCUUACAGUUAACACCUUCAAGUUGCAUUUGUCCUCCUCUCGUCCUUGUGUUUGUGUUUUUCUUCAUGAAUUUAUUAUGCUUGCCGCCGGCCAUGGUGAGUCUGCCUUCUCCCAAACUCUUGUACGGCUUUCGCUGUUCUAUCAGGUCAGCGCCGCUACAAAGGUUAACCUCCCAACUCCUCACCUGUACCAGAAGGUCAUGUCUGCUCCGAGGCCAGAAGCCUUUGCAGUGUCGAUCAUUUGGCAAUAAACCAGUCCAGCAGAGCGUCCAUGGAUCCCUUUUACCUAGAAUUACAGCCCUGGUCAGAUACUCAGAUUUGUCCACGCAGAAGUACACUAGGAUCUACACCCUGCCGCACAUUAAUCUCCUCAGAGCUGUGUCCAGGCUCAAACUGCUCCAAACUGCAUUCACUCUGGCCAUCUUGCCCCCAGUGUACAUCUGGUACUUCAUGGGAUCUGCACCCCUCUCGCUUGUAAGCUACACUACUGGGGUCGCGCUAUUUGCCGGUGUCAUGCUGUACACCGCCAGUCACUUCUUCAGGAAGGCUGUCGGGAUGAUGUACCUGGACGAAUCACAAACCACGCUCAAGAUAUCACACCUCACCUUCUGGGGCAAACGCCAGGACGUCUACUUGCCUGUAUCAGAUGUUAUGACCAUUGCUGAUACCGGGGACUCUAUAAAUGAGACCAUAUUGAAACUGAAGACAUACAGCAGUUCACAAACAUGGUAUUUCUCCCCAUAUUUUGGCCGCGUGGUGGACAAAGACAGUUUUGAGAAGGUGUUUGGAAGACUAAAGUGAACCAAAUCCUACUGAAUGUUCUUACGAACCGACUGACACUUCCACCAAGAAUCAAUAUAUAAAUUAGUCCAUAAGUUUAGCCUGUGAUUAGACUGUGAGAAUACAAUUUUUCCAGGUGUGAGCAAGACUGGCCUUCAGAGUGAAACAAUAUGCCCAGUGAUGUGUUUGCAGUGAUAAAAAUAAAUACAUAUGAUAAAUAAUGUUGGUGACUAAAAAAUGACAAACUGCUUGUUAUGCAAUGUUAAAACUGAAUUUAAAUAAGGUUUAGACAUAUUAACAUCAGAUAUUAAGUCACAAAACAUUUUAUUUAUAUUUUUAUUUCACAUAAUAUUCAGAGCCCUUCAUUUUUGUCACUCUUGUUUUUAUUUUCCAGUUGUUCCAGUUGCAGGCUACAUUGAAAUGCCCAUAAACACAAGGUUAAACAUGUUUUUAGAUUAUAGUGCAACUUUACAGUCCUGUCUUACCAAGACCCUUUCUGUUUGCUCAGAAGGACCUGGUGGUUCCACACGUCUUGGAUGGCCUUUGGGAAUACUCUGAACAGUAUGCUCACUUUUUCGUUAACGCUUCCUAAAAGUAGAGCCUUUGCUGUUACUCGUACAGAUGUAGAUGUAAAAUGUAAAUGUUAAUAAAGAUUUGAUUUUAGUGAGAA